AUGCCAGAAGCUCAAGAUGGUAAGGUCGCCUCUGCUGGAUCUAAGAACUUAUUCAUGGACUUUUAUUUUGUAGAUCAUUCGCUGGAUUCUAGUUAUUUUCAUGUUGACUGCACUUGAAAUAUCAAUUUCAACCACGCAAACAACCACUACAACUGAACCAUUUCCGUGUAUCAUUUUUCCGAGCUUACCAUUAUGUGCACAAUCAACCAAAUCCACUUCCACAACUACAAAGGACAGCACGACCACUGCAGCAUCUCCUACAACAGCUGAAGACUUGAAAACAACCACAGUUGCCCCUACAACCACAGAAAAUAUUUCGACCACCACAAAUGCACCCACAACGACAGAAGGAAUAACUACAACGGAAUCAGAUCAGUGUACAAAUUUUCCGCACUUACCAAUAUGUUUGCUAAGUACGACGACUACAACAUCCAUAUCUGAUUCAACAACUACGGAGGACAUCACGACCACGGCAGCAUCUUCUACAACAGCUGAAGACUUGAAAACAACCACAGUUUCCCCUACAACCACAGAAAAUAUUUCGACCACCAGUAAUGCACCCACAACGACAGAAGGAAUAACUACAACGGAAUCAGAUCAGUGUAAAAAUUUUCCGCACUUACCAAUAUGUUUGCUAAGUACGACGACAACAACAUCCAUAUCUGAUUCCACAACUACGGAGGACAUCACGACCACUGCAGCAUCUUCUACAACAGCUGAAGACUUGAAAACAACCACACCUGUUCCUACAACCACUGAUAAUAUUCCCACCACUACAAAUGUACCCACAACGACAGAAGAAAUAACAACUACGACUUCCGCUCCUACGACCACUCAAGAAAUACCAACAACUACAAUCAUUCCUACAAGUACUACUUUAGCUACACCAACAACCGAAGAAUCAGCAACAACCCCUACAGGAGUUUCUACAACUACUGCAGAUCUAUCAACCACAACUUUAGCUUCAUCUACUGAUGAAACGACCACAACAACUGCUCCCACAACCACUGAAGGGAUUACAACUACUACUCUUGCUCCUACUAGCACUGCAGAAAUAACAACAACCACAAUUGGUCCGACAACGACCGUAGAAAUAACCGCAACCAAUACUUCUCCUACUGCAACUGAAGAAUUAACAACAACUACUGAAGAGAAAACAACGACUACGGCCGCUCCCACAACGGCAGUCUCUUCUACAACGACUGAAGAGCCAUCGACCACUACUCUUGCUUCAACAGCAACUGAAGAAGUAACAACAACUACAACCGUAACCUCAACGACCGAACAAGCAACGACAACCACUACUGCUCCUACUACUACUGAAGAAUUAACGACAACAAUAUCUCCCACAACCACAUCUUUAGCUCCAACAACUACUGAGGAUAACUCAAACACCGCGUCUACAACCACUGCAGAAAUAACAACCACAACUUUAUCGACAACCACUGAAGAAUUAACAACCACAACGACAGCUCCCUCCAACCAACAGGCUCAACACCACCACCAUCACCACCACGAAGUGAUUGGACCUCCAGCCUUCCCGCUUCCACCGCCAGGCUUCCCCCUUCCUCCUCCACCAUUUCCAUUCCUUGGAUCCUUGCCAGAGGCUGAUCCUGCUGUAAUUGCUAUACUACCUAUUCCGCCUCCACCGCCGAUCCCAGCAUUUCCUCGACCACCGCCAAGACCUCCACUACCCUUCGGAAACUUUUUUGGAUAA